AUGGGCGAACAGAUGAUUCCGCCCGGACAGGGCACCAUCAUGGUUCACAGUGACGCCAUAGACGACAGCGAUACUGCAAUGGUGAAUUCUUACUUGGUUGACUGGGAUGGACCAGACGAUCCAGAAAAUCCGAUGAACUGGUCAAAGUGCAAGAAGGCUCUAUUCAUCACGACGCUUGGGUACAUCUCAACACUCAGCCCCCUAGCAUCAUCGAUCGCGGCACCGGGAAUUGCUUCCAUCAAGUCAGAUUUCAACGUCACAGACACAUACGUUGGGGCGUUCAUGAUAUCGGGAUUUCUGAUCGGCUACUGCUGUGGCCCGUUGAUCAUCGCACCGCUUUCAGAGAUGUACGGUCGUUAUGUUCUAUACAACGCUGGUAGUCUCCUAUUUCUCAUUUUCAACGUUGCAUGCUCCGUGGCACCCAACUCGGGUAGCAUGAUUGCGUUUCGCAUCUUUGCUGGCAUAGGCGGAUCUACCCCGUUGACUCUUGGGGCUGCGUCGCUGGCAGACACAGUUCCGAGAGAAAAGAGAGGACUUGCCAUGAUGGUCUGGACUCUUGGGCCGAUGGUGGGCCCAACCAUUGGGCCCAUUGCAGGAGGCUAUUUAUCAGAAACGAUAGGCUGGCGAUGGUCUUUUCGAGUGGUGUCUGUUGCUGCUGGAGUAGCUGCCCUCGGCACAGCAUUCUGCAUGCCCGAAUCAUACGCCCUGACCCUUCUGGAACGAAAGGCACGACGACUUCGCGUGCAGACCAGAAACCCACACCUCGAAUCUGUUCUAGCAACCCACCGUAAGCCAAAAGACCUCUUCAUGUUCUCCAUUCUUCGACCGGCGAAGAUGAUGUUUCUCUCGCCCAUUGUCUUCUGCCUUUCAGUUUAUAUGGCCAUCCUCUACGGCUACCUCUACCUGCUUUUCACAACCUUCCCCCAGGUUUUCAAGCAGCAGUACGGAUUCUCUCAAGGGUCAGCGGGGUUGGCGUACAUCGGCAUCGGUGUAGGCUCAGUGAUCGGACUUCUAUUCUCUGGUCUAGUGUCAGACAGGCUUGUGCUGAAGUUGUCACUCACAAAUGGCGGGCAGUUUCAGCCGGAAUAUCGACUGCCGCCCAUGCUUAUGGGUGCUAUCCUAGUCCCCAUAGGAUUGUUUUGGUAUGGUUGGACUGCAGAUAAACAGCUUCAAUGGAUGCUACCUAUCAUAGGAACAGCCAUCCUAGGAUGCGGGAUUGUUAUAGUCCUGAUGUCGAUCUCGACUUAUCUGGUUGACGCAUUUACGGCAUACGCUGCAUCAGCCAUGGCAGCCAGCACAGUCACCAGGUCAUUGUUGGGCGCAUUCUUGCCCCUGGCUGGUGACCGGUUGUAUCAGAGCCUUGGGCUCGGAUGGGGAAACUCACUCCUCGGCUUCAUUGCUUUCGUCAUGAUUCCAAUCCCUUUAGUAUUCUACAGAUACGGUCAGGUCAUCAGGCAAAUGAAACUCUUCAAGACCGAGUUCUAG